GACUACCAUGCUCAAUCAGAAGCAAUUCAUCCUCGCGGCGGUCAACAUCCUGAGCAUCUGGGCGGCGCAGUCGGAGGCGGCGCACUUCCACAUCAAGGACUUGGCCAAGACGGUGCUGCAUAUGGACACGCUGUCCGACUGGACCAUUUCCACAGUCCUGGUCUCGUUCGGCUACGUCAUGUCCUUCCUGCUGACUGCCGGCGCGUUCGAGUACACCAACCCCAAGGUCAAGGAUGAGAAGCGCAUGGCCAUCAUCAAGCUCGAGCUGCAGUACGGCAUUGGCUCGCUCGUCUGGAUUUCGAUUUACGCCACGACCUGGCUCUUCCUGGUCGAUGCCCACACGCCGUACUAUGCGUACUUUGCGACCCACGACUACACCUUCACCUGGCUGCUGAUCAACGUGGCCUGGUAUCUGUUCUGGAUGGACACGUUCUUCUACUGGUCGCACCGCCUGCUGCACAUGACCAAGCCCAUCAACCUGUGGUUCCUCGUGCACCGCCACCACCACCAGUUCGUCGACCCGACUGCCUUUGGCCAGGAUGCAGUUCAUCCUCUUGAGGCUCUUCUGCAAGGUCCUGUGCCGCACUUCCUGACGUUCGUGUUCAUGCCAAUGCACCCGCUGACUGCCUCCGUGCUUGGCUUCUUCACCUCGAUCUACGCCAUUGCCGCUCACGACGGUCGCCGAUUUGACUUGAACGACCACGUCAAGCACCACCACUACAAGAACGUCAACUUUGGCCUGUACUGGGGUCUGUGGGACUACAUCUGCGGCACUCGCUGGAGCAAGCAGGGACACCCCGACCGCAUCAAGUUUGAGUGGAACUAUGACGGUCUGGCUGGCGACAAGAUCCAGAAGGCCGAGUAAUACAAGGCACUUGUUUUCCCAGCCCCCCCCCACCUUGUCUUUUUGAAGCUCUGCUGUCCCUUGAUUGUGUUCCUGUACCUGAAUAUUCAUGCUGUAGUUCUUGA